UUUUUUAACCGGUAAAAAUGGCGGAGUACGACCUAACAACCAGAAUAGCCAAUUUUCUGGACCGACACCUGGUUUUCCCGCUGCUGGAGUUCCUGUCCGUGAAAGAGAUCUAUAAUGAGAAGGAACUCCUCCAGGGAAAGCUGGACCUCCUCAGCGACACCAACAUGGUGGACUUCGCCAUGGAUGUUUACAAAAACCUGUACCCGGACAAGGAAAUCCCGCACUGCCUGAGGGAGAAGAGGAGCAGCGUGGUGGCCCAGCUGAAGCAGCUGCAGUCGGAGACGGAGCCCAUCGUCAAGAUGUUCGAGGACCCGGAGACCACCCGGCAGAUGCAGUCCACCAGGGAUGGGAGGAUGCUGUUCGACUACCUGUCAGAAAAACACAGCUUCCGUCAGGAGUACCUGGACACGCUCUACAGGUAUGCCAAGUUCCAGUAUGAGUGCGGUAACUACUCCGGGGCGGCUGAAUACCUCUACUUCUUCCGGGUCCUGGUUCCGUCCACAGACAGGAACGCUCUGAGUUCUUUGUGGGGGAAACUGGCCUCUGAGAUCCUGAUGCAGAACUGGGAGGCGUCCAUGGAGGAUCUGACCCGUCUGAGGGAAACCAUCGACAACAACUCGGUGAGCUCUCCCCUCCAGUCGCUGCAGCAGAGGACCUGGCUCAUCCACUGGUCUCUGUUCGUGUUCUUCAACCACCCCAAAGGCAGAGACAACAUCAUCGACCUCUUCCUCUACCAGCCUCAGUACCUGAACGCCAUCCAGACAAUGUGUCCGCACAUCCUGCGCUACCUCACCACGGCGGUCAUCACCAACAAGGACGCGAGGAAGCGGCGGCAGGUGCUGAAGGACCUGGUGAAAGUCAUCCAGCAGGAGUCGUACACCUACAAGGACCCCAUCACCGAGUUUGUGGAGUGUCUCUACGUGAACUUUGACUUCGACAGCGCGCAGAAGAAGCUGAGAGAGUGCGAGUCGACACGGUUGUCCUCAUUGUCUCCUCCCUCGCUCCAUAGCAUGCUAGCAGACAAGCUGAACAUGUCUCCCGAGGAGGCGGAGCGGUGGAUCGUCAAUCUGAUCCGAAACGCCAGGCUGGACGCCAAGAUCGACUCCAAGCUGGGUCACGUUGUGAUGGGGAACAACGCCGUGUCUCCGUACCAGCAGGUGAUUGAGAAGACCAAAAGCCUGUCUUUCCGCAGCCAGAUGUUGGCCAUGAACAUGGAGAAGAGGACGGCCCACGGCGGCAGGAACGAGGUAGAGCAUCCCGGCGUCUCCCUCUCUGGUUCCUCCUGCUUCGGUGUGAGAUGAAUAAACGUCACCAUG